UGGACCAGUCUUUAGGCAGAAUUAUUCUUGGAGCUCUAGUCCGCGGCUCCAAGUCGAGUCCUCUUAGCCGCUGGAGGGCGCGCAAUGAGCCGUAGAGUCUAUGAUCGCUCCUACCAACUCCCAUGAGGAAGUGCGACCAGGAACCUCCUAUAUACUUCCGUUUCCUGCCCGGCCUCUUUCUUUCCGUGCAGAAAGCGCUCCCGCAAACAUGGUGAACGUUCCUAAAACCCGCCGGACUUUCUGUAAGAAGUGUGGCAAACACCAGCCCCACAAAGUGACACAGUACAAGAAGGGCAAGGACUCUCUGUAUGCCCAGGGAAAGCGGCGUUAUGACAGGAAGCAAAGUGGCUAUGGUGGGCAGACUAAGCCGAUUUUCCGGAAAAAGGCUAAAACUACCAAGAAGAUUGUGCUGAGGCUUGAGUGUGUUGAGCCCAACUGCAGAUCUAAGAGAAUGCUGGCUAUUAAGAGAUGCAAGCAUUUUGAACUGGGAGGAGAUAAGAAGAGAAAGGUAAAUUAUGGGUGGAAGGUGCAAUCGUUUUUAUAGUUUUGUUUGGAGAGGUGAACAUUUCUUUUCACUUAUUGUGGCAUAGAGCUCAGGUAAUCCUCAGAAAAUAACUAGAUCCAUAACUGAAAGUAAAGGAUUUUGGGGUGUUUUUGCUAUAAAGGUGGGAGAGGAAAAAUGAAGAGACAAUAUAGCAUGGUGAUCUUUUUAGGACUAGAUAAUGCUCUUGAUGGAGAAGUUCUUUGCAAAAUUUACAAAACUCAACUUUUUUUCUGUUCUGUUACAGGGCCAGGUGAUCCAGUUCUAAUGUCAUUUUGUUAUAAAGAGAAUAAAAUCUUGAUUAUAUUCACUUUAUUUGGUUGCAGUUGUGUUUUGGGAGGAAAUAAACAACCAUUCAUAGAAUAUCCUA